AGCAACAUAUCCUUCCUACUGGUUUUUAUCUGCAGUGUCAGCAAGUCAUUGGACUUAAAAAAAAAGCUGUUUAAUGCAACUGAGUAAAGAGUGCUAGAGUGACGAGCAGGAGGCUGAAAGACACGCCAUAAAUCUAAGAUGUCGGUGGCAUUUAGUGGCAAAUCAGGGGAAGUUGAAGGAGACGGUUGGAAUCUGAUGGCUACUGACAAAUGUUACGACUAUGGGUGGAGAUCUAAACGUUCAGCGUGUUUGAUCGGAGCUGCUGUAGUGUGUCUGGGGCUUCUUCUGCUGACUGUGAUCUUGGUGGCCAACAAUACCAGUGCUAUCAACCAAUGGGACACGAAGUAUGAAAACCUGAUUUCUGAGCUCACUAAAGGCAGAGACAAUCUGAGAGAUGAGCGAGACCAACUGAUGAUUCAGUCCAGCAACCUGACAAAAGAGAUGGAGAUCCUGCAGAGCCAAUACAGCGCUGUGGUAGCAAGUCGAGACAAGCUACAAGAGGAGCUGAACAAGUUAAAGGUCAACGGAACGGGUCUAGCUUGCCGUAAAGGAUGGAUACAAUUCAACAACAAGUGCUACUUCGUCUCUGCUCAUGGAGUGACUAAAAACUGGCAGAACAGCAGGAAAGACUGUCAAGAGAGAGGAGCGGACCUGGUGAUCAUAACCACAAAAGCCGAGCUGGAUUUUGUCAAGAGGAGUUACGGCGUAACCUGGAUCGGUCUGUCUCGCAGUGGAGACGGCACGUGGAAGUGGGUGGAUGGAACUAACCUGGUGGGUGCAGGAUUCUGGCAAGAUGGGGAGCCCAAUAAUGUUGAUGGAGAUGAGGAUUGCGUGGAGGUCUCGCGUAGCGCCGCGGCGUGGAAUGAUGUGCCUUGCAGUAGGCAAUUUUCAUGGGUGUGUGAGGAAUAAGCUCUUGUGGGCAAGAAAUAUGAGUUUGUCUUUCAGCUUAACGUCAUUCAGGCUCUCCUCCUGCAAAUAUAAGAUAUAUAAGAUAUGAGAUAAGAUGAUAGACUGUCUGACACGUCUGUUCCUUUUCGCUGUUUUCUGUCAUUUUAUAGGCCCAUAACAAGCACAUUGACUGUUACUACAGAGUGUAUUUUUCUAAAUUGUUUUAUGAAAUAAAAAGCACCAAAAUUAAGGUACAAAAUGAUACAUCAUUAAAAAACAACUUUAAUCUUCACAACACUGCAUCUUAAUAUUUUGUUCCUGCUUUUAUCAAUAAUUACUUGUUUAAAUCCAAAUGUACAAAGCACAGUAAUAUAUAUCUUCUGAUUUUUUUUCCCCCACUGUUUCUAAAAUAAAAAUUAAAAACAUGA